GCACGGUUCAAAAAAACGGAGAUUUGUCAGAGCUGUGCUAAGGUGAAGAAUGUUUGUCAAACAUGUAUCUUUGAUUUGGAAUACGGUCUACCCGUGGAAGUACGAGAUAAAGCUUUGCGCAUGUCUCAACAAUUGCCGAAGAACGAUGUCAACCGUGAAUAUUUCCAUCAGCAAAUUGAACAGCGUCUGGAAGCGGAUGGAGGAGAUAUCACCGCCCCGUACGGAGGUCAUCAACUAAUUGGGAAAGUUCUAUCGAAUACUACUGCAGCCAGCAGCUCCAGCGGUGGUGGUGGUACUGAUCUGUUGUUGAAGUUAGCUCGGACAGCACCCUACUAUCGGCGUAACAGACCGCAUAUUUGCUCAUUUUGGGUCAAAGGUGAAUGCCGACGUGGUGAAGAAUGUCCGUAUCGGCACGAAAAGCCCACCGAUCCCGACGACCCUCUAUCGGAUCAAAACUUGCGUGAUCGUUACUAUGGUCAUGAAGAUCCCGUGGCAGCCAAACUACUGUCCAAGUACGAUAGCAUGCCGAAAUUAACUCCACCGGAGGAUAAAACAAUCACCACACUGUACAUUGGCAGUAUCCCAGAUGGUUUGACUGAGUCUGAUUUGCGUAAUCACUUUUACCAGUUUGGUGAACUGCGCUCGAUCAAUUUGCAUCCGAAACAGCAUUGUGCAUUUAUUCAAUUUGCGAACCGUAGUUCCGCCGAAAAGGCCGCUGAGCGUACAUAUGAUCGUCUCAUUCUGGGUGGACAUCGUUUAACCGUGAACUGGGGUAAAUCACCCGCGGCACUGGCUGCAGCUCAAGCUCCGUCUGCUACAGAAGCUGGUGAUGCUUCAGCCUUGCCACCAGUCCCUGGGUUACCGCUUCCUCCAACGCUCCCACCGACAGCCUUAUUCGGCAAGUCAGCACUUGGUUUAGCUGGUGGAUUCUUUUUGACUCCACCCCCACCGCCGCCACCACCACCGCCACCUCCACCUGGAACGACAGCAACUUCAGGUGAUGGCCGUGACUCUUCCAAAGGUGUCCUUCUGGCGAACCAGUUCAACUCGAAAGAUCUCAGGUCGAUUCCACCACCACCACCUCCAACUUCUACGGGUCAGGUUUCCAGUGGGAUACAGAUCGCUCCACCAGUGGUCGAACCACCUCCUCCAGGAGAUAUUUUCCUGCGUGGUCCUCCUCCACCGCCACUUCCCGUCUCUACUUCGAUAUCGACUAAUCUCACCACAAGUCGAGGAUCAGCGGUUGCUGGAAUGCCACUGGCACCACCACCUCCCCCACCGCUGCUGGCCUCACUUGCAGCUGAGCGUCUAGCUGCGUCAGCCAGUUCACAGCUACCUCCUAUGCCGCCACCUCCUCCGCCUCCGCCUCCACCAGGAACACUAACGACGCGAGAUACCGCUUCUUCUAGACAAAAGGAGACCAAGUCCACCGAUGAGGGUCCUCUGGGUAUACAUUAUCCAAGCCAGAAUCCACAACGUAUGGGUAGUGUUCCGGCUGCUCAACAGCAUGAAUAA